UACAACAGUGUGGGGUUCGCGCCAAGCAACGACGCGACUCCCAGUGCAGUCCCCCAGUCUCGCCCAGACCAGCAGGGUAGUUAGAGCACCUCGCGCUAUCCACCCAGAGCUACCUCAUGCUCUACAGAGCUCCAUUCACACCGAUGUAAUGUCCGUCCCGACCCCCUCUCGCGACUCCCGCGCUUCCGCCGACACACCCGACGCGCGCGAAUACCUCGCAACCCUCGUGCACACGCUGAGUGACAUCGAGCUGGCGCUGCUGCUGUGUCUCGUUGCGGACCGGCACUGUAUUCUGACCACGGAGGCGGGCUAUGUCGCGACGCUGGAGGAGGCGGUUGAGAUUACUGCGCAAUCGAAGUUCGCCCUUGCGGUACGCAGCGUGCAAUGUGUGCCCGAGAUGACGCUCGAGGAGUUUGUGGCCGCCGUUACGGGCGGCGAGGAGAGGAGAGGGUCGUCGGAGGAUGUGGCCCGCCAGUCGACACUGGGAAUUCCGAACGUGCUGGUCCUUUGCGAUCUGGAGAGUGCGGGUCAACUGGUUCAGGCGCAGGUGCUCGAGCUGAUGCGGACAAGAAAAAUCACUACUACCGCGGGCACCACGGUGGUUGUGCCUGAAAGGUUUUUGAUCAUUGCGCUUAUGGCGAAGAUGAGUGGAAGGCUGAGGUUGUUAAGUCACUUGCAAGAGCAAUUCUUCAUCUCGCACCAUCACUCGCCGCCGGACUCGGGCGACGGCGACGACGACGACGCAUCCUACACGGAGACGGACACAGACUCGAUUUCGUACAACCGGCAGCUACACACGCGCCCUCCCACAGCAUCGGACACAUCCUCGCUCGCCUCAGUAGUCAUACGCAAAUACCCAUCGUUCCAACCGCCGCCACAGCCCGAGACUCCGCCAAUCCCCGCCGAGAUCAUCACCGAAACCCGUGCCCUCGCCGCCGACGUGUGCGUCAGCACCGAGAUUCGUCGGUACUUGCUCGACAUAAUCGUGUUCCUACGCAUGCACCGAGCCGUUCGCGGCGGGGUGACGGCGCAGGCGACGGUGGAUUUCGAACUGCUCGUUCGAUGCCUCGCGCCCCUCCAUAAUCUGGAUUUUGCCACGCCAGCGCUGGUGAGUCUCGCGGCGUUUAAGGUGUACGCGCACCGCAUCGCGCUAGCGACAUCCGCCGACGACGAGAGGAGCACGCUCUGGGGAAGCUCUAAACAGGCUGCCGAGACGUAUCUUGCGCGCAUCGAUGUGGAGGCAGUUAUUGAGGAUGUUUUGGCGGGGGUCAAGGCGCCCGUGUGAGCUAUCGUGCUGCUUGUAAUCAGGGUUGUUUUAUCGAGAUUUGCGUCGUAUUUCUGUCGACUCCGUCAUAUGUAUCUUGGAUUCUUAGUGCACCCCGUAUCAUCCGAGUGAGGUAAUCCUGAGAUCGUGCCGGCCGACGUGGGCGUGGGCGUGGGGUGCGCAUGUAUGUAGCUCUUAUCGCUGGACCCUGCCGACGGGCCCCGCCUAACCG